AUGCCAGUUCGGCCCUUCGCCUGGGAAGUGGGCGCCAUAGUGAGUCCUCUGCCGGCCACCCCACCACCCAGCACUGCCGCCGACAUCGCCCGGAGCCACGUUCCCGCCGCCCCACAACCCAGCACCACCGCCGACGUCGCCCGGAACCCCAUACCCGUCGCACCGAAGGCCAGCACCGCCGCCCGUGUCGCCAUGAGCACUCAGCGCCUCGCGGAAAUGCGCCGGGAAUGGAGGAAGCUAAUGCUCCGGGUUGAGGAAGAGGAGCGACACCUCGCGGAAUUACUCACGAUCGAGAAGAGGGAGCAGGAGGAGCAGAGGACAAAGUGGGAGAAAGUCAGGCGGAAGGAAGGGGAGUUGGAAAAAGAGAAAGCCGCAUUGCAGAAAGAUGUGGAGGAGCUGAGGAAGGACAAGGAAAGGUGGUGUGCCAUUCGACCAGUCACAGCCGGCGAGAUAGUCCGGCAGCUCAAAAGGCAAUAUCGCGCCACCGGGAGCCGAACCUCAGGAGCGGCAUUAGACCAGGACCUCAUGCUGAGCUCUAGUCCGGGAGAGACGUCAUCGGACGAGGAACUGUAA